CUGUUUGGGAGUGCCGUGCCUGCUUUCCCUCCAAAGUUUUACCUGGCAAUGACCAAGUCGAUGGCAGAUGAGCGGCGGACUCAGCUGGAGCAGUAUCUUCAGAAUGUUACUUUGCAUUCAAAUAUUACCAAAAGUGAUGUCUUCAUAGGCUUUUUCCGAAAGCUACAGCAGGAUACAUUUAAGAUCCAAACCCAGAGAGCCUUUCUGGAUGUUUACCUCGCUGAUGGCAGCAAUGUUAGACUUGAUAUCCAGACAUCGGACACUGCAGGAAGAAUAUUAGAGGUUACAUCGUGCGAGAUGGGGCUAUCAAGAGAAUUAAUAAAAUAUUUUAGCUUAUUUUUUUUCCAAGAUCAUGAUGAUGGAGCUCUCUCUGUGGUGAAAAAAGUGGCAGACUUUGAACUUCCUUAUGUGAGUCUUCAGAGCAUGAAAGAAUUGCACCGUAAGCUUGGGAUCAGAAAGUGGUAUAUGGAUCCUUCCCUUGAUACGCUGCUGAUGGAUCGUAGAACUUCACUGAAUUUGCUGUCUAUGCAGGUAAAACUGAAAGGUCUUUAGAAUUUUAAAAGCUAACUUUCCCAAAUUAAUUUCAUCUUCUACGUAAAUUCUUGAAAAGCUUGUAAGUGGUUCCGGUUUAACACUGCUUUGUUGUGAUUUUUUUAAGUGCUGUGUAUAGCUGUUGUUGAGCAUGUUUUGGUUUGUGGGUGUUUUGUGGUGGCUUUUUUUGUGUGUGUGUGUGUUUGGUUUGGUUUGGUUUUUUGUUGUUUUGGUUUUUUUUUCCCCCCCAAAACUUGUGUACUGGAGAUUCUAACUCAUCUGUGUUUUGUGCGUGGGAAAAUGAUUGCUCAAAAAGGACAUAAUCAGGUGUCCAUGCACUCUAUUUUCAAGUGUUGUAUGCAUCUUUAUCUCUCUAUGUGUAGGCACUCUGCCAUGAUAUGACAGCAUUUGAAUUCUGAACUGUAGGUGUGCUGAGUUGUACUAGCUUUGGAAACUAUUAAUUCAGGAGGAAAGAACGGUGUAGAGUGAACUUGUCCCAAAAUCAAAGCCUUGUUCUUAAAAAAAAAAAAAAAAAAAAGGCUCUUCCUGUGUAUCUGUUUCUGAGUGUUUGUGUGUGAAAGGAAAUACACUUUUGCUGACUUCUCGCUAUUUUUAAACAUUCUUUUAAGGCAAUCCAGGAAGUUAAGAGGAAUUGGGUUAAACCAAUAGAAGGGCAGAUGCAGGAACUUAAAUUUCUACAAAAAAAUGCAAACAAAGCAAAGUUCCUGGAGCUGAUUCGAGAAAUGCAGUUCUAUGGAUAUGUACGGCUUGAUCCUUGCAUUUGUGACUAUCCAGAAGAAGGCUGCUCAGCUGACAUCUAUGUUGGCAAUAAUGAGAUUAACUGCUGCAUAAAACUGCCUAGUAAGCAAACCAAAGAGGUCAGCUUUAAAGUCAACAGGUUAAAAAGUUGGCAGGUUACUUUUCUUCUAAGUACUUCACUGACUUUUUAUCUGAAUUCACUUUCCCUUCACGAAAACUAAGGCUGUCGGGUCUGGGGGGAAGGCAGUGGUUUGCUUUAAAUCCCUCCCAUCUGCCCAUAUUCUCCUCCAAAUCUAUCCUGAAACAUAUUCCCUUGGCAGCUUUUACAGCAGUAAACCAUCUAGCCUUACUCUGCUAUGUUUUGUCCCUUCCCUGGCAUUCCAUGUCAUACUUUACCUGCCCCUUUCCUGUUGAAGGUAGAGUUGGCAGAAAGUUUUGUGUGGGAGCAAAAGAACUACUUCAGCCAGCUUUAUGCUUGUAAAGACUCCCCUGUCCUACCUCCCACUUGCUCCCUCCCCCAGGAGAAGGGUUCUGGUACAGAUCUUCAGCUGCUUUAUUUAUAAUUCUGAUUUAAGGCUGAACACCUCAACGCUGUUUUGAGCUGUUUCUUCUCUUCAUUGGUUGU